UUCGUGUACUCAUAACCAUGGUAUUUGACAUGUCGAGUUCUGUUCCUUUCCUCCGCAUAAUGUGAAUAAUCUUUAUGACUGUUUUUACUGGAUUUGUUUAUUUUAUUAGCGCUUCAAUACGCAGAUAUUGAACCAACAACCAUAAUGUUUUCGAGUGACGUAGCACCGUAACGAAUUUCUCAUCCUACGUGUCAAUUGAGGUUAGGACCGAACGGAACGGUCGUGCGAUGUGACUGAUCGAAGUUAUUCGAGCAUGCCGAAAUUCAGAAUGCUUCCGCGUACAUCGCGGAUCGUAGCACUGUGUUCCGCCGCGAAUUUUAUUAACGCGGCCGAUCGUGUUAUAAUGCCUAUAGCAAUUGUCCCGAUGACCGACGAAUUCAAAUGGAAUUUGCAUUGGCAAGGUUGGAUACUCUCCGCUUUUGCCUUUGGUUAUUUCACUAGUCAGAUUAUUGGUGCAAGUACAGCAAAUAGAUUUGGGUGCAAAACAGUGCUAAUGUUAGCGGUUUUAUUAUGGUCUAUUAGUACAGUUGUAACUCCAAUUCUAGCACAAUCAAUUCCAUUGCUCAUCAUUUGUAGGGUGAUUCUAGGACUCGGAGAAGGUCUAGGUUUGCCAGUUAUUUUCCACCUGUUUGCUCAUAAUGUUCCUGUAGAGGAACGCUCUCGUGCAUUUGGGUACCUCGUAGCUGCUGGUUCUGUUGGACAAGUAGUCGCAUCUAUCUUGUGUGCAAAUGUAUUAUGGCAAACAGGUUUUUACUUAUUUGGGUCAAUUGGUAUUCUCUGGACACUUCUGUGGUUAAUACUGUAUCACGAAACUAAUUCUCAGGAUGAAAUUCCAUUAUUUGUACCUAAGGUAAUGCAAAUUAGGAGUUUGCGUUGGACUGAAUUCAUUUCACACUGGCCUUUAUGGGCACUGUACAUAGCGCAUUUUGCAAUGAACUGGAGUAACUAUAUAAUAAUGCAAUGGUUGCCAACUUACUUAGCAAGAAAUCUGUCGGCUAAUAAAGAAAGUAUUAGUUUGACGGCGCUUCCGUACAUUGUAAAUUCUCUCGUCGGUAUUGUUGCUGGACACAGUGCUGACAAUUUCAUACAGAAGAGAUGGUCGGUCUUGUCUGUGAGGAGAUUGAUGACGAACAUAGGCCUAGUUGGUCCCGGCGCAUUUUUAUUAGCAUUUUGUGCCGUGGACAAUUUACUCGCUGCAGUGAUCUUUGUUUCGAUAUCCAUGGGCCUUUGCGCAUGCAACUCUGCUGGCCAUCUUAGCAAUCAUGCAGAUAUAGCACCUAAUCACGCGGGCAUCACUUUUGCCAUUUCUAAUACUAUCGCGACUAUACCGGGUAUUCUGUGUGGACCGCUGACGGCUGAACUGGUGACCGCGUCUCACGGUCGUUGGAUGCCAGUUUUCGUGUUGGCAGCAGCAAUCAAUUUCACGGGGGCCAUUAUAUAUCAGAGUCACAGUUCCGCACUUCCAGUAUUGUGAUAUGCUUCGUCGAGAACGAAGCUCGCGAGCGUAAAAUUCGGAAAAUUUAUACGAUCAAAAGAUGCUGUGAAAAUGUACCUUCGAAUCCUGUUCAUUUAUUACAUGCAGGACAUCAAUACGGCACAUUUAUACAUCACACGUCGGUUAAUUAAAAACAUAUCAUGAUACUGAGUACGUGAGAUGCGAGAGAUUCUCAUAAUCUUAUCGUUCGGUUCGCAGUCGUAACGUUAGCGCGGAUUGCUGUUUAUAUAUAGUGCCAUAGCUUUACACACACACACGAUGGAAUUGGUUAAUCAUGUUAAUUAUCGAAUGUAAAAUACAGCCUAAUUAAUUAUUAUUUUUUAAAUCUUUUUUAAGGAUGAACGGAUAGAAGGUGAGAUGUUCAGAUAUGUGUAUAUAAAGGGUGUCCUUGAAAAUUGGCGCCAAACUGU